UCUACUCACAAAACACACACCAAAACCAAUACCACACUCAAAAGCAAUGUCUAAAGUCCCAAACACUCUUCUUCUUCUUCUCCUUCUCUUCUUUUCCACAUUCCUCAUCACCACCACCACCACCACCACCACCACCACCACCACCUCCACCUCCCAACUCAUCUACCACAAAGGUCCUAUCCUGACCUCCCCCAUUAACAUCUACAUCACUUGGUAUGGCUCCUUCUCUCCCACCCACUUCUCCACCAUCUCCUCCUUCUUCUCCUCCUUCUCCUCCUCUUCCUCCUCCAUUCCUCACUGGUGGUCCACCACCCAAUCCUACAAAAACCUCGCCGGAAAACCACCCUCCACCUCCAUCACCCUCGCCGGAACCACCUACCUCUCCUCCUACCUCGGCAAAUCCCUCACCCGCUCCAACCUCAUCACCAUCCUCAACCACGUCAUUUCCAAAGGCUCACUCCCUUUAGACCCCACCGGCAUUUACUUCAUCCUCACCGCCGGCGACGUCGCCGUUGAGAGGUUCUGCAUGGGUUCAUGUGGAUUCCAUGCAGGCUACGUCGAGGUUAUUAAAGGAAAAGAAAAGGUGGUCUUGGCGCACGUGGGAGACCCCGGUCAACAGUGUCCUGGCACGUGUGCAUGGCCGUACGCCGUUCCGGCUUACGGGCCUCCCGGCCCGGCCCUGGUGGCCCCGAAUGGAGUUGGAGUUGAUGGGAUGGUGAUGAACUUGGCGACGGUGAUCGCCGGAGCGGCGACGAAUCCGGCCGGAGAUGGGUGGUAUCAAGGUGAUAGGUUGGCGCCGUUGGAGGCGGUGACGGCGUGCCCGGGAGUGUUCGGGCCUGGGGCUUAUCCGGGCUAUCCCGGAGAGUUGGCGGUGGAUCGCCGGAGUGGGGCUAGCUUUAAUGCUUAUGGGGCCGGUGGCCGGAAGUUCUUGGUUCCGGCGAUGUGGGACCCGGUUACUGGAACUUGCAAGGUUAUUGCUGCUACUGCUAGUUGAGUGUGUGAUAUUUUUAUUUAUUUUUACAUAUUUAUGUGGGUAUAUAGUAUAUAAUAUAUAUAUAUAUACAUAAAUAAAAUGUGGGCAAUAUAUCUAUGAAAAUAAUGUAACUGCAUCUAUCACUACUCAAAAUAUAAUUAUCACCAAAUAAUAUUCAUAUAUAUAUAUAU